AGGUGAUGAUAUUCUGGUACCUGUCGACGUUCUAGAUUGACUAAUUAUAUUCUUAUCGUGUUACAUCGUUCCCGAAAUAGUCGCCUUCUUUACGUGAAUUCGCGACGGAGGAUAUCUUUCGCAGGACGCAAGGAGAUGGUCGCCAAGAGUUCCGGACCGGUUCUCGAGAAGCGGAUCGGUUGCAUUAAGUUCACGAUUUUCUGUUUAAACGCAAUAAUAUGGAUCGUGGGAUGCGCAAUGUUCGGACUGUCGAUUUGGAUGCGGUUUGAACCGAUGUUCGAGGAGUGGGUGGAGUUUUUGAACAUGUACGAGUUCUAUAUCGGAAUUUACUUACUAAUCGCUACCUCAGUGCUUGUCAUGGCCAUUUCUUUCAUCGGCUGCGCUGCCGCGCUUAUGGAACACAUCAUAACUUUAUACGUUCAUGUGGGUCUGCAAGCGUUCAGCUUCAUUUGUUGUCUAACCGGAGCGGCAGUCAUUCUCGAUUAUUCAACGUAUGACAGUAAGAUUCAACCUAUCAUCGAACGGUCCAUGUACAGUCUUAUCAGUAAUUCCCAUCAUGAAACGGCGAGCUUCAUUCUGCGAGUAAUCCAGGAAACUGUCGGAUGCUGCGGAGCUGAUGGACCAAGAGAUUAUACACAGAUGCGUAAACCGUUGCCCACCGAAUGCCGGGACACUGUCACAGGGAAUGCUUUCCAUCAUGGUUGUGUAGAGGAAUUGUCCUGGUUUCUGGAAGCGAGAUCGGGAUGGCUUGCCGGUAUGGCGAUGGCGUUAUGUAUGCUUCAUGUAAUCAUAGCAGUGCUGUCGCUGACGCUUGUGCGAGCUAUCAAGAAAGAAGACGAGUCUAUAAGUCCUUAUAUUAAGCGUUAGGCAUCAAUUAUAAUGAUGCAACAGUGAUAGAUUAUAAUAAAAUAAUUAUAUUUAGUCUCUUAUAAUUAUAAUUAGUUUAUUAUCAUUAUAGAAAGUUAUAAAUUCUGCUAAAUUGUGAAUUUUGUGAGUGCAUAAUCUAUA